AUGCUCAAUAUUAAUUGUUCUGAUCUGCUCAGAAAACCAAUAUCCCCAAUUUCUCUCCACAAACCGGUUCUCCAGCUUCUCCACGUCUGCCUCGGGAACCAAAAAAAGCAAUUAUGCUCUGAGCCCCUCGCAGGAUUCCCCAACUACUCCUUACUACUCCGUACGACUCGUGUAUAUUCGCAUCGCAUAACCAUGACAGACCCGGUGAGCCCCUUGAAUCGAUCUUUCGAUCGCCGGAACUCCACUCUGUCCGAUUCAAUAUCAGAAGCGCGUAACUCCAUCCGAUCGUCAACAGACGACCUGUUUCUGCCCCGCGUAUCCAAAGGCCACGAUGUGCAGCUCGAGGAGUCGCAUUGGCAUUCAACACCCCUCGGUCUAGCCCUGCUGCCAGCGAUCGCGGGCGUCUUCUUCCAAAAUGGCAGUUCCAUAGUGACCGACGUCACCUUAUUAGUCUUGGCUGCCAUCUUCCUGAACUGGUCUGUCCGGUUACCCUGGGAUUGGUAUCGAUCGGCCCAAGCAACCCGAAGUGGAUUUGACGAUCAGACCCCCUUCGAGGAAGACUCAUCUAAAGAGGCCGCCGCAGCGCGCAAAGAGCUCCAGGUUCACGAGCUCGCCGCCUUAACGGCCUGCUUCCUCUUUCCGCUCAUCGGUACUUGGCUCCUACACGCCAUCCGAGGCAGUCUCUCCCGUCCCUCCGAAGGUCUAGUAUCAAACUACAACUUGACCAUCUUCCUCCUAGCCUCGGAAGUGCGUCCAAUCGCGCACCUCCUCAGACUAAUCCAGAAGCGCACUUUACACCUACAACGCAUUGUAACAUCCGAACCAUCCACAGACCCAAGUACCUUGGCAGACUUGACCAAGCGACUCGAAGAGCUAGAGGCCCAUGUCGCGGACACAGCGACCCGGGAGAAGAAUGUCGCAACUACCGAAACUGACUCCUCGCGUGUAUCGCAGGCGGCCGCUGAGAUGCGCAAAUCCGUUCAGCCGGAUAUUGAGGCUCUCAAUCGCGCUGUGCGGAGAUACGAGAAGCGCUCGGCGCUCUUUGCGAUGCAGACGGAUCAGCGGUUCGUGAGGCUGGAGGCGCAGUCUGGGGAUGCAAUUGCUUUGGCUGCGGCGGCGCAGAGGAGUCAGGCUGCUAGAUCGGGUUAUGCUCUUGUUUUAUUGGAGUGGGUGUGUGCUUUGGUGGUGGUUCCGGUGCAAAUUGGGGUGUCGGCUGUGGGGUUGCCUGGGCGGGUGGUCUCGGGGGCUCUGGACUCUGUCAAGGGUAUGCUGGGAUGGAAGGGGAAGUCCAAGUCCAGACCCAAGGGGAAAUCGGGGACUGGGUCGUCCUCGGCGCGACAGGGAGUGUCGGUGCAGCGAAGGCCCGUGAAAAGUAAUUAG